GAAGAAGUCGCGUUUCCGGUUGGGUUCAGGCGGAAGUGCCGCGUACCCGCGUAAUACAAGCUCAAGUCAGUCGUUUGUUUACAUCGGUGAUGCGCCUACGAAGACUGUUUCAGUCAUUGUAAAUACGGGGUUCCCAUCACCUCACUAUGUUAAUCAGCCCGGAUCAGGAGGCCCUGAUAGGCCGAGUGUUUGAGACCUAUCUGACAGAGCACCAUCAUGAGGACAUUCUCCAGCUUAUUGCUGAUACUAAUGAAGAGACCCAUCGCCCUGUUGUUGUUAAUGCCAUGACUCUGUUUGAAGCCAAUAUGGAGGUUGGGGACUUUUUCAACGCCUAUCCCAAUGAAGUCCUGGCCAUAUUUGAUAAAGUGUUACAGAGAACAGCUGUGGAGUUAUCAGAGAGAUCUUCUCCGAGUCAGUGUGGAGGACAAAGACCAAAAGAGAGAAUGACACUCUACACUCUUCAUGCUCGCAUCACAGGUCUGCCAGUGUGUCCAGAGCUGACCAGAGACACCAUUCCCAGGUCCAGAGAUGUAGGACACUUUCUGUCUGUCACUGGUACUGUCAUUCGCACCAGUGUUGCCAAGGUUCUGGAAUACGAGCGUGAUUACAUGUGUACAAAGUGUCGUCACGUCUUCACGGCGCAGGCUGAUUUCGACCAGUUCUAUACCUUUGUCCCACCGGUUGCCUGUCCCAAUCCUGAUGGCUGUAACUCGUUCAAGUUCAGCUGUCUGUCAGGAGGAUCUGAGCCCGCUGCCUGCAGGGACUUCCAGGAGAUCAAGAUACAGGAGCAGGUGCAGAGGCUGUCAGUGGGCAGUAUUCCUCGUUCUAUGGUGGUGGUUCUGGAGGAUGACCUUGUCGACAUCUGUAAAUCUGGAGAUGAUGUGACCGUCUAUGGGGUGAUGUGCCAGCGCUGGAAGCCACUCUAUGAUGGCACUCGCUGUGACGUGGAGCUUGUCCUCAAAGCCAACAAUAUAGAGGUGAACAACCAGCAGGCUGCUGCUGCUCUUCUCAUGAAGGACAUUCAGAAAGAGUUUGAAGACUUCUGGGAUAGUUACAAACAUGAUCCCAUAGCUGGUAGGAACCAGAUCUUGUUGAGCCUGUGCCCACAGGUGUUCGGCAUGUAUGUGAUUAAACUGGCCGUGGCCAUGGUGUUGGCUGGCGGCGUGCAGAGAAUAGAUUCUUCUGGAACCAAGAUCAGGGGUGAGUGUCACAUGUUGCUGGUUGGUGACCCCGGCACAGGGAAGUCUCAGUUCCUCAAGUAUGCCGCUAAGAUCAUGCCACGCUCUGUCCUCACAGCAGGAAUUGGAUCAACAAGUGCAGGACUGACAGUAGCAGCGGUGAAAGAUGGAGGUGAUUGGCAUCUGGAGGCAGGAGCCCUGGUCCUGGCAGAUGGUGGUUUGUGCUGCAUUGAUGAAUUCAACAGCAUCAAGGAACAUGACCGCAUCAGCAUCCAUGAAGCCAUGGAACAACAGUCUAUUAGUGUGGCCAAAGCAGGUAUUGUGUGUAAGCUGAACACUCGAACCACCAUCCUGGCAGCUGCCAACCCUAAAGGCCGGUAUGACCCCAACGAGCCACUGUCUGUGAAUGUAGCUCUGGCCAGCCCUCUGCUCAGUCGCUUCGACCUAGUUCUGGUUCUGCUGGACACCAGAAACGCAGAGUGGGACCACAUCAUCUCCUCUUUUAUUCUGGAGGACAGAGGACUGCCUGCUGAGAGUGGCAGCCUGUGGCCCAUGGAGAAGAUGAAGGCGUAUUUCAGUGUGAUUAAAGGCCUGCAGCCGCAGAUGUCUGAGGAGGCCAAUAGCAUCUUGACCCGUUACUACCAGCUGCAGAGACAGAGUGAUGGACGCAACGCGGCCCGCACCACGAUCCGCAUGCUGGAGAGUCUCAGCAGGCUGGCUGAAGCCCAUGCUAAACUCAUGUACAGAGAGACAGUGACUGUAGAGGAUGCUGUCAUUGCGGUCUCUGUCAUGGAGUGCUCCAUGCAGGGUGGUGCUCUGCUGGGAAAUGUAAACGCAUUACUCACCUCAUUCCCUGAUGACCCAGGUCAGCAGUAUCAGACUCAGUGUCAGGUACUGCUGGAAGGGCUGAACCUGCCACUGCUCCUCCAGAAGGAGAUGGACAGACAGGUCAGGCUGAAGAGCAACACCCCAGAUGUCUCCCAACAAGACCCACCAACUGAUAAUUACCAACAUCAACUCAGAGACACAAACACCAUCAACAAAACCCACUGCCAUGACAGCACUGCCAUGUCCAGUCAUUGCAAGGGUGUUGACUCACCGGAGAGUGGCUUGGACUGGUUUAACUCCAUCACUCCAUCACUGUCGCCAGAUGGUAUGGCUUCAUCCAUGAUUACAUCAGCUGAAGAAAACCUAAGCAAAACAAAACCAAACUCCAGCUGGUCAGAAAUAUUUACAGUAACCAAACAGCCAGACUGUCAGACUAAGAAGGACAUUCUCACUAAUGCUGGCUCAUCAUUAAAUCAUGAUGGUGCGUCAAAAGCUUUCAGAAAAAUUACGUCUGCUUCAGAAGAAAAGGAAAACAUUAAAGAAAAAAGUCCCAGAACUCAAAAGGAGAUGAAGCAAUCUGAGAGACAGGAGGAUGAAAAACAUCCAGAGUCAUUGGAGUGUGUGAUUCAGAAGGUCUCCAAGAACCUAGUAGACAGAAGACGGGAGCUGGAGCUGAAUCAUCCGCAGAGUGACAAACGAGGAAGACGUGGGGAUAGUGCAAGUAAAAAUGUGACUAAUGUUUUUAAUACAACUUCAGAUUCCACGCUGUCAUCAGGUCAGAAGUUCCCCUCAAAUACCCGAGUUCAGGAUAACGUGUCCCCUGGUGAAGACCGUAGUUUUGAGAAGGAAGACAAGAGGGACCAGACUGGAACAAAGACCAUCAGUACUGUACUAAAGGAAAAGAUGGCAGCUGAAGCUGAAACGGGGAAAGAAUUGCAUGAGAAGUUUUCAGGCUUUACAUUCAAACCAAGGAAGAUGAGACCUUUAGUCCACAACCACACCCUUAAUGGCAGCGCAGAGGUCGGCUCAGAGUUCCAGACGUAUUGUAACCGAGGCAACAGAGAUCCUCAAACCUCCACAGAAAACACAAUCAGUAAACAGAAGCCAGUUAGUCAGGAUGACUCAGCAGGCCCACUUACAGACACGAAGAAGAGUAAAAGAAAGAAAAGACAGAAUCAGGACCAAGAUCUUUCAGAAGGUGGGAAACGGUUGAGCUGUGUAAGUGAGGUAGGAGAGGGCAGGUCUGAGGCCGGUUUCUCUCUUACAUCCGAAGAGCUGGAUCAAGACGAUUUUACCUUUGUAAAGGGCAAAAUGUCAAAAGGAAAAACUGUGGGUAGAAUAAAGGGAAGUGAUGAUAGAGAAAAUCUGUGUCAAGAACAGAGAAUCAGAGUCAGCACUUGUGACAAGACUGAAGUAGGUAGCUUUACCUGCUCCACACCUUUAAAACCAACCACUCACAUCAACGAUCCCACAUCUUCCAAACCAGGCCACACCAAGUCCACUGUGGCCGUCUCAACCCUGGCCAAACUCUCAAGAUUCUCAUUCACCAGCACAACUGAGCCCACAACCACCACUCAAACAAGCAUGGAACAAAGUCCACUUCAAAGAAAAGAUGCUGAAUGCUCAAAUGCCAAAGACGAGGAAACUCUGAAUCCACCCCAAAACAGUCGCUUACUAAGGAAGAUUAAAACUGUGGCCACUGUGGGCAAAGUAAAGGACAUGUUACCCCCACCAGCCACAGAGCUCACACCAGGACAGAAUUAUGAACAACGGACAGAGUCACCAACAAAAAUUCAGUGCAAAGCAAAGCGGACAGAGCCUGUUCAUGCUGCAAACCACAGUAACAGUGUAACAGUGGAGAAUGAUGGUCCUGAUAUCUACCAAAGCACUGCCAAUCUGAAGAAGAGAAAGUGUUUUGAGCUGGGCCCUCCACUGUGCAGUGUUGGGGGUUCCCAGAGUCCGUUCUCAGGACUGUCUUUGUUCAGCUCUGUUGACUUGAGUAAUGAUGUUCUUGACACUGACUGGGACCAAGAGGUUUCAAAGAAAGCCAAAAUCUAAAGGCAAAGGCUACUGUCACAAUGUGUGUGUGGAUUAAAAAGAAUAUCACACCAAUUAAAUCAUGUUUUCUCUGUGUGGCACAUCAGUUGAAUUUUUUGCCUGAUGUAUGAUUUAGUUACCUUCUGCAGUCUGAAAAUAAACCUGUUAAAUUGAUAAAGAAAUUCAGGUGUUGAUCCUGGAAUUGUAUUUUUCGGCUUCCUCUUUUUAUCUGAAAGGACUGGGACUCAGCCACAGCAGCUCGAGCUCAGGCUAAUUAAUUGACUGCAUGGUGGCAACAUGACAAGCAACAUGAUGUUUUGGCCAAAAACCAUAUCAGUGUUUUUGGUCCAUCCAGAGGAGUCACCAGAAGACAAUCAUAUGUUUCCGCAAACCAAGAAUAUGUUAGAUUUGUACCGUUUAAUACAUAUAUGAACAUUUCUUAAGUGAGAUAUUAGCUGACUUUGUCAUUGGGAGUUGGGGGAUGGUUAAUGGCAUGACACCUAGGUGAGACACCUGCCAAGCUACAGACCAGUUUCAGACCAACAAAUUUGUUCUUAGCGAUUAUUCCAGCAGCUUUCUAGCCACCAAAUGUGGGUGCUUAUUGUCAACCUGUCGCUGUCGUUUCCACCACGAAUAGUGGUACAAAAAGUGGUUGUUUUUUUACAGAGACAUCACCAAAAGCAGGUAUUUUAAGCAAAAACAUUGUAUUUUUUCUAACCAUAACCAACUGUUUUUAGUGCCUACACCUAAAUAUAUGUUAACCUAAAUCUAUGUUAACCAGUGUUUUUGAAGCAUAAGUUUCAGUGUAUCAGCCAGUGUUGGGCAGUAGCGUCACUCCAAAUAGCUUAUUAUUAGCUUAACUACAUUUCUCAGUAGCAUGGUGGUAGUGUCUCUACUUUUUGAGUCAAAUAGCUUUUCAUUAGUGAAGCUGAUGAACUGACUGAGUAGCACAGUCGUGUUCACAAUAGUUACAAGCUCUCUCUGCUAGGAAAAGCUCUAAAGUGCAGCUGACUUUUUCUUUCUGAGAUGUGGAUAAAAGUUGCAAAUAGAUACUAAAGAUAAUAAAAGAUAGUAAAACUGAAAGGUCCGUUAUUUUUAUUGUUUGUAUAACUGUCUUUUAUUAAUUAUGAUUUUAAUGACUGAAAUAUAUAUUUUGGAAUUCUGACACAGGAUCUCUGGGAGUGUCCUGCGGUUUCUGGCGCCAGUGCGUUGGUGGCAGAUCCAUUUAGUCAGUGGAUUGUGAGGAGGGUUAAUGGCACGUACCACAGACGCUCAUUCAGAUUGGGAUCUGGGGAAUUUGGAGGCCAGGUUGACAC